GAUAACGUUGUCAGACUCUUGUUCCACCAGACUAACGCGGAAGUUGUAAUGUGUAACCCUCUUGGAUUUGUUCUUGGAAAAAACGACCCAGCUUGUACAAGAAGGGGGGGUUGAACAUUUGGGAAACAUUUUUUUCUUGGACUGCUGACGCGUCCACCGGCUCUGCUGUGCUGGAGGACCGUGGCAGCUUCCACCAUGUUACUUCACUUUCUAGUUUUAGGGGCCUUGGUUUUCCAGGCUGAAUGUUACUUUUCGGAGGAAAUGUAUCCGGAGGAGUCGAAGAUGCAGCUUCCUACGGUGGUUUUCGCUAUCAUAGCCCGAAACAGUGCUCACUCCCUGCCCUACUACCUCGGAGCUCUGGAGAGACUCAACUACCCCAAAGAUCGCAUCUCUGUGUGGGCAGCCACGGAUCACAAUGCAGAUAACACCACAGCCAUACUGAAAGAGUGGCUUACUGUUAUGCAGAAAUUCUACCAUUAUGUUGAGUGGAGACCAAUGGACCAGCCAACGUCCUAUGCAGGAGAGUUGGGUCCUAAGCAUUGGCCCAACACCAGAUAUGAGUAUGUGAUGAAGCUGAAGCAGGCAGCACUCAACUUCGCCAGGAAACGCUGGGCCGAUUACAUCCUGUACGCUGACACAGACAAUAUCCUCACCAACCCAGAAACCCUCAACCUGAUGAUAGCAGAGAACAAGUCAGCUAUCGCUCCCAUGCUCGACUCUCAGGGAGCAUACUCCAACUACUGGUGCGGUAUCACUCCACAGGGAUAUUAUCGCCGAACAGCAGAGUAUUUCCCCACGCGUCACCGUCACAGACUGGGCUGCUUCGCUGUGCCAAUGAUCCACUCCACCAUGCUGCUGGAUUUAAGGAAGGAAGGCAUGAAGAAACUGGCCUUCUUCCCUCCUCACAAGGACUACUCGUGGCCCUAUGACGACAUCAUCGUGUUUGCCUUUUCCUGCCGAGCUGCAGAGGUACAGAUGUACCUGUGUAACAAGGAGCGCUACGGCUACCUGAACGUCCCAGCCAAACCUCACCACACCUUGGAAGAUGAUCGCCUCAACUUCGUCCAUGUCCAGCUUGAGUCCAUAAUCGAUGGUCCUCCUAUGCACCCCUCACGAUACGUCCAUGUGUUCCCCAAACAGAGAGAUCUAAUGGGCUUUGAUGAGAUAUAUCUGAUUAAUCUGCGACGACGUCCUGACCGUAGAGACCGGAUGUUGUUCUCUCUGAAUGAGCUGGAGAUUGACGUCAAGGUGGUGGACGCUGUGGAUGGAAAUGCACUGAACAGCAGUGACAUUAAACUCCUGGGUGUGGACCUGUUGCCAGGCUACUAUGACCCGUUCUCUGGACGCACCCUGACCAAAGGAGAGGUGGGCUGCUUCCUCAGCCACUACUUUAUCUGGAAGGAGAUGGUGGACUUGCAGAUGGACAAGGCGCUGCUGUUUGAAGACGACGUCCGUUUCCAGGCCAACUUCAAACGACGAGUCCUCAGACUGAUGGAGGAGGUGGAGCAGGUGGAGCUCGACUGGGACAUCAUAUACUUUGGCAGGAAGCAGGUGAAUCCUGUAAAGGAGGAGGCGGUGGAGAACGUUCACAACUUGGUAAUGGCCGACUACUCGUACUGGACUCUGUCCUACGCCAUCUCCCUGCAGGGUGCCCAAAAACUGCUCAACGCUGAGCCACUGUCCAAGAUGCUUCCUGUCGAUGAAUUCCUCCCCAUCAUGUAUGACAAACAUCCCAAUGAAGACUACAAGUCCCAUUUCCCCAACAGAAACUUACAAGCCUACAGUACACGCCCCCUUUUGGUCCAGCCCUGUCACUACGCCGGUGAUCCCCAGUGGGUGAGCGACACGGAGACGUCGACUCUGUGGGACGAUGACGCUGUGCGCACCGAUUGGAGGGGUUCCCACAAGACCCUGAAAGGGGCUGCACCGGCACGCAACAUGCUGUCAGCCUCCUACAGGGAUGAACUUUAGUGCAAAGCAGACGUAGCUGUAGAGAGAGACCUGCAGGUCAAAAGGCCAUGAGGUCAGAGAAACAGAUGCUGAGAAGUGAAUGUUUCCCAGACUUUAUUUCAUUCCACUCUGUGUCCACACUGACAUGCACAGUGUCAUUCAAACAGGACUUUUUUCAAAGCAUGUCAGCAAGUGUAUGGCACAAGAUAACUUUUUCCAGAGGGAAACAAUAUAGCGGACAGUGUUAAUUUUUUGUUUGUAAAGACAUGUAAAACAAUUGGUGUUUUUUAGACUUUUAUUUUACAUUUAUUCAGACAUUUUUUAUUAUGAGUUUAUACUGUUUGUAUGUCAACAGCAUUUUUGUUUGAAUGUAUGCUUGUGAUGGUUGGCGUGCUUUUGAUGAUUGCAUGUUUAUAAUGCUAAUUACACAGCUUUUAAAAGACGGCUUUACAAGAACUUUUAUCCGUUAAUCUGUUGAGCACUGACUGAGGCUCCAGUAGCUGCACUGUUCACAACUCCUUACAAGUCUGGACAAAAGUCUGCUGUUAUUACUAUUAUUUCUCUCCCCCCCCCCCCCUUGUUGUUAUAUCUGUCUAUCCAUUUCUCCAUUUGUGCAUGUCUUCCAUCGGUACUGUUAUACAGAGAUACAUUUGUAUUUAACACAAAGCUACACUGACCCUAAUUAAUGUUUCCAUUGGUUUCAUUGCCGGUUUUAAAGCUGAUGUACCUCAUGGUUUCUAGGGACAGUAUAAGACUGUUUCAGUGGUGCCAGAUUAUAUUCAGGAAAUAUUCUGUUAGUGAAACUAACACAUUGAAUGUCGAAUUUAAACAAUUUUAGCUUCUUCUUUUUAAAUAUUAAGUUAUUGAUAGAUAAACUGAAAUAGCAUUGACUCAUUAGACUACCUUUUCCUCUAUGGCUGUGUUUUAAUACUUUUUACAUUUCACAUUUUGCUACAAAAAUUGGAUUUCAAGGUCAGAGUUUGUAUAACAUUUAUUUAGCACUCCUAAUUCUACCACCACCAGAACAUCUUUUCCACUUUGACUUUUUAAUUGUAUGUUUUUGGAAGUAUUUAACAGUAUUUGUAUAGACUUAUAAAUAAUAUAUGUAUUGUUCUUAAAGUUAUAGUGUACUUUCUGUUUCCCCCAUGAGGAAUUCUAAGUAAUGACAAAAAAACACUGUUGGCACAUCCACAUGAUGCAAGCCUUCGGUGAUCGCACACCACCCCCACCCCUCCUCCACGCAGUUGCUAGUAGCACAACAAUAUUAGGUUGAGUAAAUGAAAUAGCAAUAAUUCCUACUCCUAAUAUGUUACAAAACCCAUUACUAACCUGUUCAAGAGCAGUAAGGCAACAUCCGUGUCUGACCUCGGCCCCUUUUCAGCGCUCUCCAAACAGGAAAAGCCACACCAAUGAUUAUCCGUGUUUGUCUUCGCCGUCGGUCACUUUCUUUUCGGGGAUUUUAGUCCUGCUGAACGUGUAGGUCUUUUCUCAGCAGUACAAUCAUUGAAUGAAACAUUACGUGGGUGCUUCUUCAGGUGUAUGUGGUUUCAGGCUAUUCAAAGUGACAGUAUACAAUUGUAUAUUCUCAGCACUAUAAUACUGUCAUGGACACAUUUCAUAUAUGGUGACUACUUGUGUCAAAAUCCUUUACAAUAAACAAGUCAUUUUGGGAAAUAUUUGCAUAAAAUCAAUGCAGCAUGUUGAGAUGUUGGCAGUGUAGUCUAACUUUGGUUCACCUGAUUUUUCAGCAUUCAUCCAGUUACUUUUUGGAAGGGAACCAGCUACUUUCCUGUGCUACAUCUUGUGUUAAAAGAUGAGUCCAGAUGCGUAGCAGAAGUCUGUAAAAGCCAUAUUAAAACACAGCCUUUAAUAGCCUUUCUGUAGCAUCAUUGGGAUCCUUAAUGUUUUGACAAUUUGUCAACAAAUGGUUGCAAUGCAAGUAACUGAUGUUGUAAUUCUGAUGUCCCUCAUGGAUUUAAAUUACGAUGAAUAAGUUACUCUAAACUUAUAUUACAUUCGUCGGUCUUCAUAAGCAUUUAUGAUGAUCUGAUUACAUGUAUUUGUUUUCUGUCUGUGAUUAGGAGUGUUGCUUUUCCUUCGUAUGUCCUAAUAUAUUUGUCGAGUCUUCCUUGAUGUGGUUGAUGGUUGAGUUACAAGACAUGAUGUAAAGCAAGCAAUCAAAGUGCAAUGGCUUUUUUGCCAAAAGCCUCUCUCUCUCUCUCUCUGAGCAAUACAUUUGUAUUCAGAUGUUAUAAAACAUGAUGUUAGGACAACUGUGUAGAAACUUCAAACGUUAAUGAAAAAUUUGUUUUUACACUUUC